UGGUGUGAUACCACGACCCUUCGAAGAGCAUGGAGUAGAGGCCUAGGUCAGUUUGUGCCCUUUUUGCAGUGUAAAAAAUCCAAAUUUGUUUUGUUUAUUUAUAAGAACUUAGUUCAAGCUAUCAAUACGUUUCUAGUGAAGUGUUCGUUUUAUAAAACAGACUAUUAUGAACUUUGAAGACUAUGAAACACUUCCCACCACCAAUGUUUCCACACACAUGACGGCUGGAGCGAUCGCUGGGGUUAUGGAACAUUGUGUAAUGUACCCCCUUGAUUCUGUAAAGACAAGGAUGCAGAGUCUAUCAACAACAACAUCGUACCGCAUAGGGGAGGUGUUACAGCGGAUGGUGAGCCAAGAAGGUCUGCUGAGGCCUGUGAGAGGGAUGGGGGCUGUGGUGCUUGGGGCAGGUCCGGCUCACGCUAUGUACUUCUCAUGUUAUGAGUACCUCAAAGAGAACAUGACACACCACGGCCUCAACAACCACUUGGCAUAUGGUGUAUCAGGAUGUGUUGCCACCGUUUUACAUGAUAGUAUUAUGACCCCAGCUGACGUGGUGAAGCAAAGAAUUCAAAUGUACAACAGUCCCUACAAGAGCCUCAUGGAGUGUAUUGUCAGGGUAUACAGGUCUGAAGGUAUCAGUGCAUUCUACCGCUCCUUCACCACACAACUAGCUAUGAACUUACCUUUCCAGAGUGUUCAUUUCAUGAUGUACGAGGUGUGUCAGAACCUGUGGAACCCUGACAGAUCGUACAACCCUAUGUUGCACAUGGGGAGUGGUGCUAUAGCAGGUGGAGUGGCAGCUGCAAUCACUACACCACUUGACGUGUGCAAGACAUUGCUCAACACUCAGGAAGGCAACAAGAUGAAAGUAUCGGGGCUAAUCAAUGCAAUCAAGACAGUUUACAACAUUGGAGGGCCGCUAGGCUACUUCAGAGGCAUGAGUGCCAGAGUCAUCUACCAGAUGCCUUCCACUGCCAUCUGCUGGUCUACGUACGAGUUCUUCAAGUACAUGCUGAAGAAGCCGAUCGUGGUGGAGACUAUCGGAGAGACCCUAGACAUAGCUGUAGCGCCUGAUGUGAGGAUCAGUCCCAAGCCAGAUGUGAGAGUUUCUGGUGCAGAGUCGUGGCCAAGAGAAUUGCCAGCCAUGUCAGGAGCCGGCCUCUACGGAACCAUCAGUUUCACUACUGUACACACUGCCGAGAGGGCACUAGAUGUUACACGCAGUUAGAAACACUCAUGUAAAGCUUGAUUGUAUACGAAUUUAUUUUGUAAAUAGUUUUAUUAGAAUGGUUUUGAGUUUCUUAAGCUUUUCUUUUUCUUUUGCUUCAAUAAAUUCUCUAUUCUCUUCGAAUAACCAAUCAUUUUCUUUAAACGUAAACCUUAUAAGUUGAUAUUUUCCUUAUAACUCGAUGGAUUCAUUCGUGUCCGUGUUAACAUUAGAGGAAGCUUUAUUAUGUAGCUCUGAACAAAGUGUUCCACACCAAGCUCGAGUUCAAGUUAACUUAGUAAGAAUGAGAGCGUAUUCAGGCUAUUUCUAGUAAUUUGAAAGAUUAACUAUUCCAGGUGGAGGAUUCAACUACAUUUACGACUUCUGUUCACUAUUUCAUCUGUAUCGUCAGUAUUCUUAUUUGUAGUGAGGAGGUAUUCCUUAGAUUGAAAGUAAUCAAGCUUUACAAUAUUGUAGGCGGAAAUGGCUUCAUAGUAACCAUGCCAGUUGUGUAUUAUUUUGACCAUAAUAAUUUACUUUGAAUCCUCGACAAUAACUAAUUUUUUAUGUCAUAUUGUUACAUGUUGUUAUUGUUUUCAUUCUAACGGAAGUGCUGAUUAGUCUAUGUGAGCAGUAUUUAAGGGUUUAGAUACAUAAUAUGUUACUUGUUUCAGUUGUAAUGAAGCCACUUAGUAUCAGCUUAUCUUUAAUUUUUUUAGAAUUAAUAACAAAAUAUGUAUAUUUUUGUUGUCUUAAGUGUAAAGAAUGUGUUUACAUAAACUUAAAUAUGGAUUCUUCUCAUUUCCUUUCUAGUUUUUUCCAAGAAGUUUUUUCCAACUGGGUUUGGAUGAAAGUAAAACAGAGAGAUUAAUUAAGACAAGUUAAUUCAUUAAUGGUUCGUAUUAAAAUUUUCUUAUUACUUACAUUGGGUUGAUCUAAACAGUCUGAAUUAUUUUAUACAGUAUAAGAGUAGUUUUAUAAAUUAAAACUUUUUGUUAAAGUUGUGAUGUAUAUAUUGUGCUUUAAAUUUAUUUCCUAAAUUAGCGAGUUAGUUAUCAAACAAAAAACUAUAAACAUGUAAUUACUUAAACAAAUAUUUGUAGAAUAAAACUUAAGUUAUACUCACCAUAGUUAGAGAUUUUACCAUUAAUCUCAGGUUCAUUGUAAAUCAUUUUCCUUGUUGUAAAAAGGAUUUACCUUCUAGUAAACGUGUCUCUAAACUGGUAGUGAUGAGUAGUUACCCUCUGCAAUUGUUAAUUUUUUUCAAACAAUAUGGUUAUAUAAUGUAUGUACAUAUUAGUGCUACAAUAUUGUGUAAGUAGCUUUUUUUUUAAUAAGAGAGUUGUUAAUGGUUUGUUAUGUAAGUAUUGUAAGAUAAUUUGUUUGCCCUAAAAUGUAAAACAUGAGACUAAGGAAAUAAAAUGAAAUUUACCAAAACAUAUUUUAUUUAAAUGAAAUACUUAGUAUAAUCAAAGAUAUAUCAAUGAAAUGCAUACUGUUAUCAUGCAAGAGUGGGGAAAAAUGGUUGGGGAAAUAUUUUCUUUUGCAUACUUAAUUUUUAGUUCCGAAACGAAAAAACUAAUGUAAAUUAAUACAACACUGUUUUAGCUAUGUUUACUUGGCAUAGUUGAUGGAUGGCUGCUUUACUCUGAGGUUUUAGAAUUAAGUUGAAACUUGCAGCCCUCGAUGCACUUCACCUAGACUUAUCUUUCCUUCCGUUUGUGGUCUGUGAUAGCUUAUUUUAGGACAUUGUUUGGAUGAUGUUCACUUUGGAGGAAAGUAAUAUCAUUUUUAAACGUUGAAAACAUUUUCAAUAUUUAUUGGCUAAGCCUUUUUUUAUAUUUGUUGUCAUUCAUCUAAUGUAUAUUGUUCAUUUCAUUGUUAUUACUCUAACCUAUACGUUGUAAGUUGUCAUUGCCAUUCUCAUCUUGCUAUUUUAUUAUUUGUUAAUUGAGCUGUUUAAUUUAAUGCAACUCAUCGUAUAAUUCACAAAAUAUGUUAUAUUUCAUGUUCAAACCACCUUCACAAGUUAAAAAAAAUCAUAUUACAGUAAACAAAGUUAAAUUAUUAAUUCAUUAUUAUUACUUGUACUUUUUAUUUUAUCUUAUUGCAAGUACAAAAUAUUCUUUAUAAAUAUACAAACUAGAAUACUUUUUGACACAACUUACAAAGUCCAAACAACUUACAAGACUUCAAAACAUAAAUUGUUAACUAUGCUUUGAGGUUUACAAAAAAUGACAUAAUUUAGUGAAACUAGUCGCUGUUUGGAAGAAUGGUUGCAUAAUGGUUGUAUAUGACACAACAGUAAAAUAAAAAUACCGGUACAUAAUAUUUUUGGCUCAGAUUUUAGAAGGAGAGGAGCUGCCUGGCGGCAGUAUAGUUUUAUAUUUUAUAUUGCAAUCCUGUUUCAGAAUGUUAAUUAAUUUAUACUUUUACUCUUUUUUUACUUAUUUGGUAAGUGUAGGGAAUGUUACUGAAACAUAAAUUCUUAUUUUAAUUUCAAUAUUGCACAAUAUGAAAUUUGCAUUUUGCCCUAAAAAACGUAUUAAUAAAUAGUUCGAUUUUUUUAUUCUUGCCCUGGAAAAUAGUUUUAUUCAUCAAUCUCAAUUACAUUGCCAUGUUGGCAUUGAUCAUAAUAAUGUGUUUAAAUUAUAUUUAAUGUUGGGUAUGGAUUUGUAAAUAAAGAAGAAAGAUAUAUUUUGAAAGUUGAA